AUGACGGGGUCCACGUGGAAGACGGGAGCCGCCGUCGUGUCAGUGCGUUUGCGCAGGAGGCGUCUCCUCGUGCUCCUCUCUCCGGGUUUUCCGCCGCGCCACGUCCACACCGAGAUGGCAGCUCCAGACUUAUUGGACCCUAAAUCCGCUACUCACAACACCAAGCCCCGCCUCUCCUUCUCCACAAAGCCAAUCACACUGACUCCCCGGGAGGAGAGUGAGGUGGUUGCCACAGUGAUGAAAUGGAAGACGGUGACAGCCAUCUUUCUGUUGGUGGUUCUGUACCUGGUGAUGGGAGCAGCAGUCUUCAGAUCCCUGGAGCAGCCUCACGAGAGUGCCCAGCGCUUGGCCAUCCUGUCGCAGAAGCUGGAGUUCCUGUCCAGACACUCCUGUGUGAACCAGAGCCAGCUGGAGGAGCUGGUUAAGCAAGUUGUGUCUGCUAUCCGUUCAGGAGUAAACCCUGCAGGGACACUGACCAACCACAGCAGCCUGUGGGACCUGAACUCUGCCUUUUUCUUUGCUGGGACUGUCAUCACAACCAUUGGUUUUGGGAACAUCUCUCCCCACACAGAAGGUGGAAGAAUAUUCUGUAUCGUCUAUGCGUUGCUAGGGAUCCCUCUGUUCGGCUUUCUUUUGGCUGGUGUAGGAGAUCAGCUCGGCACCAUAUUCGGCAAGGGCAUUGCCAGAGUGGAGAAAAUGUUUGUGCACUGGGACAUCACCCAGACGAAGAUCCGGGUUAUCUCUACCCUGCUGUUUGUGUUGUUUGGCUGCCUGCUGUUUGUGGCACUCCCAGCAGCCAUCUUUAAAUACAUCGAAGGUUGGUCUGCGCUGGAGUCCCUUUACUUUGUGGUCAUCACCCUUACUACCAUUGGAUUUGGGGACUUUGUAGCAGGUGGGUCAGAAAUAGAGUACUUAGAUUACUAUAAACCAGUUGUAUGGUUCUGGAUUCUGGUGGGACUGGCCUACUUUGCUGCCAUCCUCAGCAUGAUAGGAGACUGGCUAAGAGUCAUCUCUAAGAGAACAAAAGAAGAGGUAGGAGAGAUCCGUGCUCACGCUGCCGAGUGGACGGCUAACGUCUCCGCAGAGUUCAAAGAAACUCGUCGACGUGUCAGUGUUGAGAUCUACGAUAAGUUCCAGCGUGCAGCAUCAAUUAAGCGCAAACUAUCCUCGGAGCUGGGAUUUAGCCCUGCCCCUGAACUCACUCUGCCCAAGAGGACCGUGUCCGUCAAUUUCAACGAUGAACGGGACAAGAACGAGAAGGAGGCCGGGCUGCAGGGCUUGACGACACCUCUGGCCAGAAACAGUGGUCUGUUCAUAAACGGUUUGGAUCCCGAGAGAGGAGAUAUCUCAAUCAUUGAACACCUCAAGUAG